AUGGGUGAAGUCAAUUUGGUUGAUUGCUUGCAAGUGGGCAUCAAGAAUGCCAAGGGGGAAUGGGAGCCGUGGGGCUCCAGCAAGAAUUUCAUGUGGAAUGAAGAGAAUUUGAAAAAACAUGGCAUUUUGGAUCCCAAAGUCAUGGACAAGCACAGAAAGUUGUACGCAUGGGUGUUCGAUGAUGUGCAGUUGUACGAGACACCCGUGGUGUACAAGCAUCUACCUGGGUGCCGGUCAUGGAUGACCUUGGUGAUGGAGGAGGAUACAUGGCCAUCGUACGCAGAUUUGACGCUUUUCUCAGCUACGGGGACCUUUGCCCCAGAAGAAGGGGUCGUCACACUGGCCGGGCAUGGGGGUGGCGCGCAGUGGCUCGAAACAUGGGAUGGUGCGCGUUGCAUUUCAGCAAACACUCUCGGAGAUGGUGCUUGUGGUUUGCAUGCAGUAUUUGGGCAGACAGAUGGCUGUCAACUGAAAUGGUUGAAGCCCAACGAGCGGCAGCGCGUGGCUGAGGCUCUCCGUACUGUCAUUGAAGCACAGUCCGGCGAGCAGGCGCGAGCAGUACAAGUGGCUCUGUGGGAUGAGCUUGCAGUUCCAGCAGCAUGUGGAAAUGGUGGGCCAGAGAGCCGCUUGUUUUGGCGACAUCUGUUGGCCGUGUCGCCUGCCCUGUGCAAAGCAAUUGAAGCCCUAGUGCAGAAGGCCGAUGCUGCAAGCAGGCAGAGUGCAGGCAACCACUUGCAGUUGACCGCUGUGUGCCGUGAAUUCUUCUUGUCUGGGCCGAAAGAGGGAGUUGCGCAGCCCAUUUGCCAUGCAAUAGGAGGAAGGCUCCGAGCUCUGUUACGAAGAGUGGCAGAACGGGCAGCGGGUGAAAGGCUCUCAGGCCGAGCGGCCGCAAUCCGUCAACCGGACACGGCUGCAGCAUCCUAUGAACAACUUACGGAGCAACUCUUUCCUCUGGUGGCUGCGUAUGAAUCUGAUGCGUUGACGGCGCAGGAGGCCGUGCGGCUGCAAUAUCAGCUGUGGAAGUCCACUUUUUUUCCUUUGGCCGUCUGGAGCCGCACUACCGGCGUAUACAUGGGGCUCCUGCACAAGGAAAUAGCUGUGGAUGUCGCGGGCUGGGAAUGCCGUAGCCGGUACUGGGCAGUGGGCACGGCACAGCCCGGAAGCGGCAAAAGCCCUGCAGUAGAUGCUAUUGUGAAAUGUCUGGCUGGGGUAUUGAGCAAGCAUCAUGAUUUCGCUCCUGGACACAAAUGGGACAAGUUCCAUCUUCUUGAAGCAAUGGCGCAUUGCGCAGCUUUAGACAAAUUGAAAGUUACAGGUGGGUAUGGCACUAUCGUGGCAGGUGAAGGUGCGCCCUUGCUAUGCCCUUCCUGGCCUGCGAGUUCCACAUGGAACCAAACGACGCACAUGAAUUUGGCGCGAUUCCUGGACAGCGCCAAUGGUGGUUCCGUGCCUUGGGAAACUUUUGUGGACAGGAAGAGCAAAAAGGAGGCAGCAGAAGAGGAAUUGAGUCCAGACUGUCGGUCACCAUUGGAAAGAACCAACGUCACCCUUGUGCUGCAGCAGCAAUACUCUGUAUACUUGCAAUGGUGGGUAGCAAGCGAACAAAAGAACCGCAUUGGUUUAGCCCAACGCUGUCUGUUUUCUUUUGGUGCGGCUCGAGAACCAGGCCCGCCAAGCUUGCAGUUGUUCGAGCAGAAAGUGGUGAUGCCAGUGCUGGAACGCAUAUUCACCGCUAUUCUGAAAACAUUGGGGCCCAAAGCACCUCUGACACCUGGCGGGCCUGGUGCAAUCUGGCGCGUGGACGCCACGGAAAGGGAAGCGUUCUAUCGCUACAGGACAGAUGCUUUUCCGAGUUGGGAUGGGCAGCUUGCAGCAGGUUCGUUGAAAGAUGGCUUUGUGCGCUUUCCAGCAACGGUGCUUAUUUGGUUGGGCUGUCGGAGUGGGUACGCCGAUGUGGAAAGCCGAAAGCCUUUUCGUGAUGUUUGUGGCGCUUUAGCCGCUUCAGAGUCAUACACGCAAAUGGUGGCGGCACUAGUGGAACGAGGAGUCGGCGUUCGUGAAGAGGCUGCUUUUGCAAAGUUUCUUUAUGCAGACCUGGCACCUGCCACGAAGGUGUUCUUGAAAGUGGCCGGCGUGCCUGCCUGUUCUUUUGGAUUGCAACGCAGUACUGAAGUCACUUUCUGGGAAGCUCCAAAUGCACAUGCGGAGACACCGCCAGAUGCAGAACCCCCGGUGCCAAAGCGCCAUCGCGCAUACAAAGACAUUGUGUUCGAGGGCAGCCCGCCGCAGCUAAUCAAUGACACCAAGACAUUUUUGCCUAAGGCAGCCACAGGCAAGCGCUGCCAUGUCAAAAAAGAGCCCUGUAGAAAACAUGUCCAAAGGGAGCCUACUCCAGUGCGUUUUGAAGCCUAG